AUGCGCCUGAACGGCUUUGCUCUCGCGUUGAUGCUCACUGUUGCUGCCUGCACCUACGCCGACGGUAUCGCCAACCAGACCAAAACCGAUCUCAACAACACGCUAGAAGAUGACGGAGACCAGAAGCGAACAACUAGAGACGAAGCAGCGAUACGUACUACUGAUCGUGAUGCAAUGGACGAAGAUGUCGAGGAACGAUUACUCAGCUAUCUUCCGACCCGGAUGAAGUCAUUUUUUCGGAAGAAUUCUGGUGUCACGACGAUUUCGGAGCAUAAUGGAGCGUUUGGGAAGAUACUACAGACUAACCCUUCUGUCCGGAAGAGCGUCGAGAAAUUACAGAGCAAUGGUGCGCUGAUGAAAUCGUUGGAGCGAAACCCCGUUACCACCAAGCUUAGGGCGACACUGCAGAACAAACCUGUCAAACUGACUCCGAAGAACAUUGAGAACAUUGGACGCGCUGCGGCCAAGGAAGGCUCUUUCAAAUUCCCUCACUUGAGAUGGAAUUACUUUUUACUGGGGAUUGCGAUCUUGGCUCCACUUUCGCUGAUCUUCUUGAUCAAACCGGAAACACACGCCCCGUAUAAUUACUCGAAUAAUACCACCGAUAGUUAA